UUGCCCUGGUUGUGUGUGUUCUGGGUCACUGACAUGCUGGAGGAUCCAGCCACGACCCAUCUUCAAUGCUCCUACUGAGCCAAGGAGGUUGUUUGCUAAGAUCUAGCCAUACCUGGCCCGGAGCAUCCUCCCCUCAAUAUGGUCCAGUCAUCCUGUCCUCUUUGCAGAAAACCAUCCCAAAGCAUGAUGGCAUGAUGUCCUUGGGAGUGUACUCAUCCUUCUUCCUCCAAACACGGCGAGUGAAAUUUAGACCAAAAACUUCUGUUUUUAUCUCACCUGACCACAUUACCUUCUCCCAUGCCUCCUCUGGAUGAUCUAGGUGGUCAUAGACUAACUCGAGACGGGCCUGGACCUGCGCUGCAGGAUUGAAAUCCACGUCAGGGCGAUGUGUUACUAACGGUAACCUUUGAGACUGUGAUUCCAGCUGUCCUCAGGUCAUUGACCAGGUUCUCCCGUGUAGUUCUGGACUGAUCCCUCACCUUUCUCAUGAUCACCGACUCUCAACAAGAUCAAGGACCCUGGCGUCCCUGCCAUCGAUCGCUUCCGUCUGUGUUCAGAGCUGCAGAAGAACCUGUCUGGGACACAUCGGUCCAAUGACCCGAACCUGAUCGCUUCGAAACAGUGUGGUCAGCUCCAGCCCCGACUAUCCGUCCUGCAGAACAACAGGCCUUCUCCUCUGCGCUGUGGGAAAAAUGCAAAUGUAGCUGGAGAUGAGGAGGAGCUUUGGUGUGUUGGAGAAGGUCCAACUGAAAGGCAGCAGCUUCUGGAGGGAAGGGGACAUCUGUGGUGAGGAUCGUGGUGAAGGAGGUGUUCGGCAGACAGGCAAUCUGGGCAGUGAGCUCCAUGGACCAGUUAUCAUGAGAUUCAGCUCAUUGUUCAUCCCCUACGGACCGCUCUGGACCCGUCCUCUGCUUCGUCGCCUCCUUCCACAGUUUUGGCCCAGUGGCUGCAAGGCAUCAUACAGGUGCCUCAGCACGAAAGACCACACGCUUCACCCUGUGAUUGGUCAAGACUCAGUAGAGUUGUUAGGCCACUCCUACCCUCGUGAUGACUUCACCAACGUCACUCCAAAGAUCUUGGCCAAGGUGGGCUGCCACCUUCACAACCAGCCUUACCAUCCACUGUGGCUCAUCAAGGAGCGGAUGAAAGCUCACUUCUACAGCGCCUACGUCGGCCGCUGGGGGAACCCACUGUUCUCCGUCCACGAUAACCUGAGCCCUGUGGUGACUGUGGAGCAGAACUUUGACAGCUUAUUGAUCCCACCUGACCACCCAAGCAGGAAGCGGGGAGACAACUAUUACCUGAACAGGAGAACCAUGCUUCGCGCUCACACCUCAGCCCACCAGACGGAGCUGGUUCGGUCCGGUCUCGAUGCGUUUUUAUUGGCUGGAGACGUUUACAGACGGGACGAGAUCGACGCCAGUCACUACCCCGUCUUCCAUCAGAUGGAGGGAGUCCGACUCUUCUCCAACCAUGAGCUCUUCUCUAAGGUCCAUAGUGGAGAAGAUCUGUUUCUGUUUGAGCGAGGAGGCCGCCGGACUCCCCAGAAGCAGGAAACCCACACUCUGGAGGCGGUGAAGCUGGUGGAGUUUGACCUGAAGCAGACCUUAACCCGACUCGUUACUCACCUGUUUGGAUCAGAUGUGAAGGUCAGGUGGGUUGACUGUUACUUCCCGUUCACUCAUCCCUCCUUUGAGAUGGAGGUGCGCUUCCAGGGCGACUGGAUGGAGGUGCUGGGCUGUGGAGUGAUGGAGCAGGAACUACUUAACUCAGCGGGUGCUGGGAACAAGCUGGGCUGGGCGUUCGGUUUGGGUCUGGAGAGACUGGCCAUGAUCCUCUACAACAUCCCAGACAUCCGGCUGUUCUGGAGUCGGGAUGAGCGCUUCCUGAAACAGUUCAGGGUGAAUGACCUCCAGCAGCACAUCUGCUUCCAGCCUCUGAGUAAAUACCCGCCGCUCCACAACGACAUCUCCUUCUGGCUGCCGGACCCUAAAGAGAGCGAGCCGGGCCGAGAAAGCUUCACUGAGAAUGACUUCUACGAGCUGGUGCGUUCAGUGGGAGGAGAUCUGGUGGAGAAGGUCACACUGGUGGACGAUUUCACUCAUCCAAAGACCGGGCGGCGGAGUCACUGCUACCGCAUCAUCUACCGCCACAUGGAGCGGACUCUGACCCAGCAGGAGGUUCGCCAGGUCCACGAGCAACUCGAGCGCACGGCAGAGGCUGAGCUGGGUGUUCGGGGCCGAUACUGACAGGCUGUGUGCAUCAUAGAUUCAUACACACAAAGUCUCCGAGCUGUUAAGCAGCUUCAUCACGUCUAUGCAGCUGUGAUUUUAUCGCCGCAGGGAGAAUCGUGUUCAAUGCAGGCGUCACACUCUGCUUUUGAUGCGGUUGUUCACACGCCGCAGCAGCACUUUGUCAUCCUCUUUCAAGUCUUCAUCCUUAAACACAUGAAUCUGAAUUUCCAGAAACAUCUUGUGCACGUUGGGCACCAGCAUCUGCCGGUGAUGCUCCAGGCUGCAGGGUUACGGCAUGGGACGGUUGUUUUCCAGGUAUCCGUUUAUCCCUGGACCUGCAUUCAUAUUCCUGGGUUAACUUCCUGUUUCUGAAAGCCUUUUGAUGUCAAAUUCCCAUUAAAACUUACUGGGUCCAAUUAGUGUCCAUUAUAGCCAACUUUUUGCUCCAAAUACAGAUAAAAACACUGUAGGAAAGAACAUCCAAACCAAAACCAGAAAUGGCCCAAGUGAUGUUUUAGCGACCUGAACCCGAUUCGGUCCGAGGUCAUGUUGAGGAACUGACCAGACUGGACCCAGAAGAGCAGAUGAUAUGAAAUCUUAGAUGUUUUUCUCCUCUCAGGUUUCCAAAAACAAUGAAAAAGCUGCUUAUUGUGUAAAACAUCUGUAGAACCUUGUAGGAGAGAAAGCGUUGGACAUUUGGGAAUGUUGAAACCAUUCAUCAGAAAUGGUUUUAGAAAUGAUUUUCUGAAUUCUAACUGAAGACUGUUGGGUGGAAAAGUUAUACCAAGUAACCUGGUUGCAUAAGUGUGCACAUGCUCAAACUAAUAAAAUAAGUUAGUAAAUGACACAUAACACCAGUCUAGAAUGACUCUAAACAAUUUAAAUUGUCAGUGAAUGAUUUAUGGAAAACUCGGUUAGAUUUACCUUAAACAGAAUAGUUAAUUUUCUCAAUUUUAAAAAACGAGAAAACUUCCUGAUGCCACUGAGAGACGGAUGGUGAUUUAGAUGAUUCCCACAUAAAUACAAAACACAGCGUCUACUAAUCCUCUUUGGAUUUCAGCAUUCUGGUCCAAACCUGCCGUUAAUCUGAUCACCUGUAGUCAACCUAAGGUGUUCUGGUUGAAAUUUCCUCACAUUUCCAAAGUAUAUUAAGGCAUCAUGUAAAUGCUGUAGAGCAGUCAGGACAGUUUGUGGAGAAAAUGUGGGAAAACAGCAACAGGACAAAAUAAAACUGAUGGAAACAGAGGAAAACAGGUCAAGACGCUUUUCUUUAGAGUUUAAUUUUAUUUGAGGCUUCAGUUGUACUGUUACACCUGGGUAGACCUCUCCAAGGACAGGUAGAAAUAUUAGCAUCUCUCAUUCAUUAAACCUUCACAAACAAACCAGAAAUGAAACCCAGAACAUCUUGAUGGAUAAAACGAGUCUACAAAUAAUAAACAGGAAAUGUUUUUUAUUGUGAAUAAUAACCUCAUUAAACAUGCAGGGAUUGUGUUCCUCUGUUCCUGUCGCUAUCUCGAACACAUUACUCUGAGAUCCAGCCUCCAAACUCUUCCUGUGAUUAGAUUUUUAUUUCUAAAUAAAUUAAAGUAACAAUAAAAACCGUCCCUGACAGCACAGCCGCCGGGUGGCUAAACCAACAAUAAUUAGCCAUCUUAGUUUGACAACUCUGGUAAAAUCCAUCUCACGAGUUCAUCUUGAAUCCCUUUUUACUUUGUUUCCUCAAACUUCCUUUAAGUAAAACGUAUCCAGUUCCAGUCAGGUGGCAUAAUGAGGAGGAACCUGCAGGAGGUUGCCGGGUUGGUGGGUGGACAGAACCCGGCUGCACGGUUCCCUCCCAUGUUCCUCCCAACAGUUCAGGAAACAAGCAACCUGUCAAACAGAAGCCAGAACUGUCAUGUUCUCAUUUCAACUUUCCACAAAGCUUCUUUGAAAGGCAGAUCCUGUCAAUGGAUGAACAUCUGAUCAACCUUCUCCUCACUGGUGGCAUCUUUGUUUGGCUUGAGUUGUGGUUCACCUCCAGCCUUAUUUCUCCUUCUGCUGCUGUUCCAGGUUACUUUUAAAUAGAUGAGAUCAGUUUUGAAUCAAGUCAUUGAGAGAACCGCCUGGUUCUCCACGGUUUUUAUUUUCAGCGUUCUUCCAGUGUUUGCUUUAGUUCUGUAAAGAGUCCAAAUAAAAAUAAUCAAACAUUUUA